AUGAACUCCGGUUAUGCAUUCUCUGGUCGAUUUUCACUGAACACAAGCGAAGUUCCAGGCUAUGAGAAAUUUAGAGAAAGAGGGCUUCAAUUUCGAGCUGAAUUGACUCAACUCUUUGGGUCUGUAGCUGCGACUGGACCACAGUCAUGGGCACCUUCUUCCAUGACACUUCCAAGCGAAGGAGUUCCUGAAAAUGAUAUGGAAGAAGGAUUUGGAGAUAGUGAUGAAAUUUUGGGGGCACCAACUGGCAUAAGCGGGGAGUUUAAUUCAGUCACAUUCAAUGACAAUAGUGGAGGAAGUGGAGGCAACACUGGAAUGAGACAGGAAACCAUUCGUGGGGGUAGAAGCACAGGUGGUAGUCGACUAGUAGCUCAUUAG